UCCGAUUUUAAUGGCAAAAGGCAGGUUAUGGAAAUUUGUAAACCACGUAUAGAAAAGUUGUCAGACAUCCUAUCGUCACUAUGGGAUCAGGUGUAUCCAUUUCAGGAUGUCAAUCUCUUUCUGCUGUGCAAGUUACAAACAUUACCAACAGGAUUACCCCAGAACGUAAGGAGCAGAGGAAGAGCAGAGAUCCUGCAUGUCAUGUUUCUUCUUCAGAAGAGAAGUCACCAGAGGAAGGCGGAAUUCCUUUAUUGAUCAAAGAAGCUGUGCAGUAUCUCUCCACCUUCGGUCUGGAGCACACGGGGCUGUUUAGAGUCACUGGUUCACUGAAGAAGGUAACAGCUUUGAAAGCAAAGUAUGAUGGAGGGGAGUCGGUGGAUCUAACACAAGACGGUGAUAUAGAUACUGUGGCAAGUCUUCUAAAACUUUGCUUAAAGGAACUCCCCAAAGGUGUUAUCCCUGAAACCACACAGUAUUCCUUCAUCAUUGUUUACAAAGAUUACAGAUUGGAUGAAGAGGACUGCAGCAAACAUCUGAAACAACUGAUAGAACAUCUCAGCCAAACUCACUUUACUGUGCUCCACUAUCUAUGCACUUUCUUCAUUAGGGUGGCUUCUUAUAGUGAAAUAAACAAAAUGACCUUGGAAAAUCUCUCUAUUGUUCUGGGCCCGAGUUUCUUCAGGGUCCCAUUCAGCCCUAAUUUUCAGAAGGAUCAGAACCUGUGUAAUGAUUUAUUAUUAUAUAUAUUGAGGAAUUUUCAGAAGUUAACUGCAGAUCGAGCUCAACAAGAAAACAUUGAGCAGAAAAACAUCCAUAAUUGUGGGAAGAAGAAAACAGAAAGUAAUUGA